AAUCAAACCGCGCCCGGCAGCAGCAGCAAUGGCGGCCCUCGCCGGCCUCUUCGCCUCCCCCGCCUUCCCCUUCCCCUCCACCUCCGCCUCCUCCUCCUCCUCAUGCUCCUGCCGCUUCCGCCCCGCCGUCGCCUGCGCGCCACGCCACCCGCCCGCCUCACGCCGCGUCAUGCGCCGCUUCGACGAGGUGGAGGGGGCAUCCAAAAAGCGGCGGGGCGGCAAUGGCGGCGGUGGAGGAGGGGGCUCGCUGGCGUCGUCGACGCGCAAGGAUAAGGGCCUCUCCGUUGACUUCAAGGAGCCGCAGGUUGCUGACUUCGAGGACCUUGAAGAGGACAAAUUCCUGAAUGCUGUUGUUAAGGUCUACUGCACUCAUAUUAGACCUGAUUACGGGCUUCCUUGGCAGAAGCAAAGGCAACACUCGAGCACUGGGAGCGCUUUUAUGAUCGCCGAUGGUAAAUUAUUGACAAAUGCGCAUUGCGUUGAACAUGACACCCAGAUUAAAGUAAAGCGAAGAGGAGAUGACAAAAAGUACGUUGCCAAGGUUCUAGCUAGGGGCACAGAAUGCGACCUUGCGUUGCUCUCUGUUGAGAACGAAGAGUUCUGGCGUGGUACAGAACCACUUCAAUUUGGUCGUUUGCCAUGCCUUCAGGAUUCAGUGACUGUUGUCGGAUAUCCUCUUGGUGGAGAUACAAUAUCUGUCACAAAAGGCGUUGUUUCACGCAUUGAGGUCACACCAUAUGCACAUGGAACAUCAGACCUUCUUGGUGUUCAAAUUGAUGCAGCAAUAAAUGCAGGAAACAGUGGUGGACCAGCUUUUAAUGAGGAAGGGGAAUGCAUUGGAGUAGCAUUUCAGGUGUUUAGAUCUGAUGAAGCUGAAAAUAUUGGAUAUGUUAUUCCAACUACAGUUGUAUCGCAUUUCUUGAACGACUAUCGGAAGAACGGAAAAUACACAGGAUUUCCUUGCCUUGGUGUCCUACUUCAAAAAUUGGAAAACCCAGCACUACGUGAAAGUUUGAAGGUACCUUCAAGUGAGGGUAUUCUUGUCCGCCGAGUUGAGCCUACUGCUCCAGCAAGCAGUGUUCUGCGAAAGGGAGAUGUGAUAACAAGUUUUGAUGGUGUCUCGGUAGGAUGUGAAGGAACAGUACCAUUUCGGUCCACGGAACGUAUUGCUUUCCGCUAUCUCACAAGUCAAAAGUAUGCAGGUGAUGUUGCCCAAUUAGGUAUCAUUCGGGAAGGCAACUUCAUGAAAGUGCCAACUAUUUUGCAUCCAAGAAAACAUUUAGUGCCGUUCAAUGUUGAAGGGGGUCAACCUUCUUAUCUGAUAGUUGCCGGCCUUGUCUUCACGCCUUUAACAGAACCAUUUAUAGAAGAAGAGUGCGAAGAUACUAUGGGGUUAAAGUUGUUGGCAAAGGCACGAUACUCUCUAUCAACCUUCGAAGGGGAGCAAAUCGUAAUUGUAUCGCAGGUACUUGCGAACGAUGUCAACAUCGGGUAUGAGCACAUGGGAAAUCAACAAGUAAUAAAACUAAAUGGGACUAUGGUAAAGAAUAUCCACCACCUUGCUCAUCUAGUGGACACAUGUCAAGACAAGUUCUUGACAUUCGAGUUCGAAGACGACUUCCUCGUUGUUUUGGAUCGGGAAGAAGCAGUGGCCGCAUCAUCAGAUAUUCAGAAGGAGCAUGCCAUCCCCUCUGUAAGGUCAUCAGAUCUAUUGGAGCCCUACGUCGACACAAACCAUGAGGUCCAAAACCAAGGGGAGGAUUUCGGUGACAGUCCCGUCACGAACUUUGAAUUGGGAGUUGAUUGUCUGCUGUGGGCUUGAGGAACUGGCAGUGUUCCAGCCAACCACGCAAAGCAUGGGGGGUUUCUGUUGAAAUGGUAUUUUUGUUUGUGCCCUGUGGCAACAAAGAGCACCGGUCAAUUUGGACAUACACUUCAUAGCGGCAAAAGCCGAGCCAUGUUGUAUUUGUAUCUCAAUGCUGGAAAGUUAGCUUAGGCAAAAUUUAGGGUAUGUUGUAUGUUAAAAUCAUAGAACGUUUCAUUCAUAAACCUUUUUUUGUGGGGGAUGGUGGACUGCGUUGUGGGUUGUGCAGCAUCCCUUCUGUCCUUUUUUGAGCACGGCAUAUUCUUUAAAUUCUCGGAAGUGCAAUAAAUCAUCAGAAAUUUUGUUGGAUUA